CUGGGGGGUGCCUGCCUCCUGGGCGUCGGGAUCUGGGUCAUGGUGGACCCGACUGGGUUUCGAGAGAUUGUGGCUGCUAACCCUCUCCUCUUCACGGGUGCCUACAUCCUGCUGGCCAUGGGGGCCCUGCUCUUCCUUCUCGGGUUCCUGGGCUGUUGUGGAGCCAUCCGGGAAAACAAGUGCUUGCUGCUCUUCUUUUUCCUGUUCAUUUUGUUAAUAUUCCUGGCAGAGCUCUCAGCAGCCAUCCUGGCCUUCAUCUUCAGAGAAAAUGUAAGUACUGUGCUGGGCCACUAAUGCCCAGGCGUCCGUCCACUCCCCCAGGGGCCAAGCAACUGCCCUCUGCCUCUUUCUUCCCCAGAGAUAUUGGCCGAACACCCAAGGCAUCAUGGAGGAAUGGACAGGAGACUUAGGAGACCUGGUUUUCAAUUUCUGCUUUGUCUUAUUAGCCGUGUGAUCUUUGGCAAGUUACCUAACCUGUCUGAAGCUCAAUCUCCUCCUCUGUAAGAUGGGAAUAAUAAAUCAGAUUCAGCUAAGUUUGUAAAGCACUCUGAGCCUUCCAGCUAUUCUUUGGGUUAAGUCCUCAGGCAGUGAUGGGGGGGUGAGAGAGAGAGAGA